AAGAGAAGUCAGUUUCAACUUAAGGAGGAGGAGCUAUUUGGCCAAAGCACCUCUUAAUGUGUAGUUCAUGGAGCCUCCCUAAAGAGUGCUGUGUUGUUCCAAAUGCCUUUGGAUCUUCCUCUAAUGAUAUGGUCCCAGAGCUUUGGACACUGACAGGCUCCAGGUAUGGCAGCAGCCAAACUUCUACAUGACUCUGGCCUGAAUGUGGUUGUUCUAGAAGCCCGGGAUCGUGUGGGAGGCAGGACUUACACUAUCAGGAAUCAAAAGGUUAAAUAUGUGGACCUUGGAGGAGCCUAUGUUGGGCCAACUCAGAAUCGCAUCUUAAGAUUAGCCAAGGAGCUAGGCUUGGAGACCUACAAAGUGAAUGAAGUUGAGCAUCUGAUCCACCAUGUAAAGGGCAAGUCAUACGCCUUCAGGGGCCCAUUCCCACCUAUAUGGAAUCCAAUUGCUUACCUAGAUCAUAACAACCUUUGGAGGACGAUGGAUGACAUGGGGCAAGAGAUUCCCAGUGAUGCCCCCUGGAAGGCACCCCUUGCAGAAAAAUGGGACCACAUGACAAUGAAGGAGCUGCUGGACAAGAUCUGCUGGACUGAAUCUGCAAAGCGGCUUGCCAUUCUCUUUGUGAACCUGUGUGUCACUGCGGAGGCCCAUGAGGUCUCUGCUCUCUGGUUUCUGUGGUACGUGAAACAAUGUGGAGGGACAACAAGAAUCAUCUCAACAACCAAUGGAGGGCAGGAGAGGAAAUUUGUGGGUGGAUCUGGUCAAGUGAGUGAGCAGAUAAUGGACCUCCUUGGGGACCGAGUGAAACUGGAGAGACCUGUGAUCCGCAUUGACCAGACAGGAGAAAAUGUCCUUGUAGAGACCCUAAACCAUGAGGUGUAUGAGGCUAAAUAUGUGAUUAGUGCUAUUCCUCCUAUUCUGGGCAUGAAGAUUCACUUCAAUCCCCCUCUGCCAAUGAUGAGAAACCAGCUGAUCAGUCGUGUGCCUUUGGGUUCAGUCAUCAAGUGUAUGGUUUAUUAUAAAGAGCCCUUCUGGAGGAAAAAAAAUUACUGUGGAACCAUGGUUAUUGAGGGAGAGGAGGCUCCAAUUGCCUACACAUUGGAUGAUACUAAACCUGAUGGCAACUAUGCCGCUAUAAUGGGAUUUAUCCUGGCCCACAAAACCAGAAAACUGGCACGUCUUACCAAAGAAGAAAGGUUGAAGAAACUUUGUGAGCUCUAUGCAAGAGUUCUGGGCUCCCCAGAAGCUCUGGAGGGUUCUACGCCAGCCAGUGGGCAGGAUUUACUUUGCAGGCACCGAGACUGCCACACACUGGAGCGGUUACAUGGAGGGUGCUGUGGAGGCUGGGGAGAGAGCUGCUCGAGAGAUCCUGUAUGCCCUGGGGAAGAUUCCAGAGGAUGAAAUCUGGCAGUCGGAAACAGAGUCUGUGGAUGUCCCUGCACUGCCCGUCACCACGACCUUCUUGGAGAGACAUUUGCCCUCUGUACCAGGCCUGCUCAAGCUGAUUGGAUUGACCACCAUCUUUUCAGCAACUGCUUUUGGCUUCCUGGCCCACAAAAGAGGGCUACUUGUGCGAGUCUAAAGAGUGGGCAUCUGUCACCACACCAUCUUCUUAUUGUGUUUCUGGUGUGGGUUGAAAUAAAGUUCCAUAAAUACAUACAGAAAUUUCAGGGAGCAUAAAGAUAAGUCUGACUCUGAUCACAGGAGACACAGCAUCUCUCUCCAUUGUGGCCCCUGGUUAAUGUCCCUUACCUGGCUUAACACUCUGUUUCACCCAUUUCCCAGUGUAUUGCCCUCGUAAUCUUUAGAAUACUUAAACAGCCUUGUAUAGGGUCCUCGCUGUCUCACAGCACACCUUGUCUAUGCACAAGAAACUAGUUUUUUCCUUCCUUUGUGGCUUUGUGGUUGUCCUCCAACUUGCCUGUAAUAUCGUCAUUUUCCCAAGUUCUCUACAUUUGUCCUUAGAAUCUUACAUUGUUAUAUCUGAAAGACCUUAGAUGCCAUAUAGUCCUUGCUUUCUUUUGUGUAGUUGAGUAAACUGAAGCGGACAGAGGUGGAACUUAAUUGCCUAAAGGCCACAAUAAGCCGCUGGUAUCUGAGGUACUAGACAUGGGUCCAGCGCUUUCCCCAUCUCCCAUCUCCUAUAAUCCUCAAUUGCCCUCCAUCACUCCCUGUCAUAGUAGCAGAUGGUGUUCGCUUGUGUGGGUAUACUCUGCGCUAAGCUGUUCUGCACUACUCAGAUGCUGUUCAGGAUAUAAUCUUAUGUCUUACUGUCUUAUGCAGUGUGUCUCCAGAUGAUUUUAAUUGUUUUGAGGGUAAAAAGUUGUCUUUUCUUCUUUUUGUAUUCUCCGUUAUGACUUGAUAUAAAAUUCAGUACACACAUAGAUAAUUAAAAAUAAAAGUUGAUUGACCAGA